UCCAUCCUCUCUCUGGUCGGUCGGUCGUCACAGUCGAUUUAUUACACGGGGUCGAUCUCAGUGGUCGCAGCGGGAUGAAGCUCCUCUGCAGCGGGUCGACAGCGUCUCUCCUCCUGCUCCUCUUCUGUCUUUCAGACUGCUUGGCCGCUCACGGACGCUUCGCUCAGAAGCUGAUGACCGACUUGUUCUCCAACUACACCAACGCUCUGCGGCCGGUGGAGGACACCGACCACAUCAUCAACGUCACGCUGCAGAUCACUCUCUCCCAGAUCAUCGACAUGGACGAGCGCAACCAGAUCCUGACCACCUACCUGUGGAUACGGCAGGUGUGGAGGGACGCCUACCUCACCUGGGAGAAGGAGGACUACGACGGCCUGGACACCAUCCGCAUACCCAGCAGCUACGUCUGGAGGCCUGAUAUUGUUCUGUACAACAGUGCAGACGAUGAAUUCUCCAGCUCCAUGGAGACCAACGUUGUUCUCCGCAACGACGGUCAGGUCAUGUGGGACCAGCCGGCCAUCACCAAAAGCUCCUGCUCUGUCGACGUGGCCUUCUUCCCCUUCGACAUGCAGCAUUGCCACCUGACGUUCGGCUCCUGGACCCACAACGGGAACCAGAUGGACUUGUUCAACGCCUUGGACAGCGCUGACCUGUCCGACUACGUCGACAAUGUGGAGUGGGAGGUCCUGGGCAUGCCAGCCAAGAAAAAUGUCAUCCUGUAUGGCUGCUGUUCGGAGCCGUACCCGGACAUCACCUUUUCCCUCCACCUGAAGAGACGCGCCUCCUUCUACAUCUUCAACCUCCUCAUCCCCUGCAUGAUGAUCUCCUUCCUGGCUCCGCUGGGCUUCUACCUGCCGGCCGAUUCCGGAGAGAAGGUUUCUCUCGGUGUGACGGUGCUGCUGGCCCUCACCGUGUUCCAGCUGCUGGUGGCUGAGAGCAUGCCGCCCUCCGAGAGCGUCCCGCUCAUAGGAAAGUACUACAUCGCUACCAUGACGAUGGUGACCGCUUCAACAGCGCUCACCAUCUUCAUCAUGAACAUUCACCACUGCGGCCCAGAGGCUCGGCCCGUCCCGGAAUGGGCCGAGCACUUCAUCCUCAACCACCUCGCCCGCAUCUGCUUCGUCUACGAGGUCGGAGAGAACUGCUGCAGUCGGACGUCCAGGAAACAGCCUCUGUCUCAGCAGGAGUCUGACGCCCCAUCCGCCAACGGUGGCAACCCCAGAGGACCGAGCUGGGACGUGAACGGACAGGCCUGGGGGGGGCGGGCGGAACAGGACGGGGCAGGGCAGGAUGUGACCAACCAGAGCGGCUGGAAGGAGGAUCUGCUCGUGACCAUUGACCACUCGGAGGAGGAGGGAGCUGCCGGCGGACCCGAGGAGCAGGGGGAGGAGUCGGGCGGCGCCCGUGCAGGAGGAGAGGAGCGCGUUGAGGAAAAGAAAGGUGUCGGCGGAGCUGGAGAAGGAGAAGAAGAAAGAGGGGGCGGAGCCUGGGGGGGCCGGAGGGAGAUCCUGGUGAAGACCCGGUGCGUCUGCCAGCACCAGGGGCUGCGCAAGGACGUCGAGUACAUUGCCAACCAGUACCAGGACCAGCGAGCGGCGCAGCUGCGCAUCGGGGAAUGGAGGAAGGUCGCCAAGGUCAUGGAUCGAUUCUUCAUGUGGCUGUUCUUCAUCAUGGUCUUCCUCAUGAGCAUCCUCAUCCUGGGAAAAGCCAUCUGACGCAGAGCCGGGUUCAAAGGGUCAAAAGGGGAAAGGAGGCGGCGAGUUGAUACGCGGAAAAAAAAAAAUGCUUUGUUUAACUUUCCAUUAAAUCUAAGAGCAGGAUUUGAAUUUUAGACGAGUUUCCAGUCAUAACAGGGAUUUCAACCGGAAUUGAGAGAAUUAAGAUCUGUGGGUUUUAAACCACAUGAAAGGAGUUCACGUUCUUACAUCAGUGUUAAAGCCACAGAUGAUGAAAGCAUCUCAUCGAAUGUGUUUCUUUGCUGACGUGUGGUUUCCCACACGCAAAGUUUUUUGCUAUUUUUUAACCCACGUGUUGCAUCAAUCGUUUCUGUAAAGUUGCCAUAAAAAUAAAAUUUCUUCCCCAAAUGAAUCACAGAAUUAACGAUCACAAACCAAACAGAAUAACUUCUGAGUGAGGUUCAAGGUGACAACAGCCAACGAGUGUUUGAUGAAUCGUGUGAAUGGAAA